AAUCCGGCCAGAAGCGCGCCCGUGACGACGAAGCCGGCGCGAACGGCGACCACCCGGCCAAGAAGGUGGAUGCCAAGGAGUAAAUGAUCUCACGUCACACAAAAGUUUGGAAUCUCAAGCUAUCUAUCAAUUUGCUUGAUUGUUCUUUAUUCGAAAGGGAAAUUUAUGGGAAAAAGCAUGGCUUGGCUCGAUUACCCCGACUUGAAGAAGACCAUACCAUAAUGGCGUUGUAUAUUUGUUGCUUAUUAUUAACAUUUCCUUUUUGCUUCAAUGAACCAUACAAUCUAGAUCGAAUCGGAUUCGAUGAUAUUGGCUUUUACCUUUUCUUGUCAUCGUAGCAUACAUACCCUUCACGUGUCGCACUCGAAAGGAGCACUCAACAUAUACAUCAUCUGUAACUACUACUUAUGUCACAGUUGACAACACUAGCCGGCCUUUGUCUACCUUGAGUUGCCCGAUGCAGCAGUGCAGUACUUAACAUCUACAUCUCUGCCAAUCCCUU